AUGGAGGAACAAAAUCAGCCGAUAUCCAUUGCAAACUGCCAUUUUCAUCAAACAUGUCGAUCUUCACAACUAAACCAACGUGCGCCAACAUUUGGCCACACAUUCGAAGUACAGGGGUCGGUUCCAAACUUGUACUGCAUUAAUUACAUCCAUUAUACGUCUGGACCAAAGCGAGGAACCAAAAGUGAGGCCGUCAUCGUGUCAUUUUGCUACGUCACCACAGCAUACGAAAAUAUUCAUCGAUCAGGUCAGUUGGACAAAGGGGUACGUAAUGCUAAAUGUAGAAUGACUAGGCAACUACGUUCACAGUUCCACCAUCCAACCACUUAUUACCUCUGCCGUGCAUCCAGCGAUGCCACAUUACUUAGUCACUUACAGCCCUACACAGUCUUCACCUACUGCGAUUAUGAAGGCUCAACAAAAUUGAUGGACAAUGAAAACGCCUCCAUGAUCGCAUCUCGACUUUUCCAGCAGAUCGCUUAUUCCAUCAUUCAUUCGCCUUCCGAAGCACACCUUGACAAGGAUUUUGUUGCUUCGUUGCAUGACAAAUGCAAAAAUAAUGGGAAUAUCAAGAAAUUAUUUGGGGAUCUUUUGCAUCUGUUUGGCGACAUGGAGAUGGCAAUCAUCGGCAACAGUAUUUUGAACAACCAAAUUCUACAACAUAUGGCAGCAAUCAUGUCAUCCGAUAUUUCCAAGGCAAAUGAAACAGUGGCCCUCCGUAUCCAAAAACAAUUGCGCGCGUAUUAA